AUGCUGAGCACGGAAAGUUUCGCAGGGGCGAGAGCCCUGGGCGAGGAAUCGCUGCAGAUGUGGGACCUCAACAAGCGGCUGGAGGCGUACCUGGCCCGCGUGAAGUUCCUGGAGGAGGAAAACGAGGUGCUACGAGCCGAAAUCCAGAGUGCCAAGAGCAGCCCCACUGGGGACGUGUGGCGGGCGAAGUAUGAGGAGGAGCUGCGAGCCCUGCGGGACGCGCUGGAUCAUGCCUUCAGGGAGAAGUGCACGGCCGAGCUGGCCAGGGACAACCUCUACGAGGAGGUCCAGCAGGUGAAAAGCAGGUGCCAGAAGGAGCAGGCAGCCCGAGAAGAAGCCAAGAAGCAGCUGUCCUUGAGCAGGAAAGAGCUGGAGGAGGAGAGGAGAGCGCAGAUCUGGCUAAAGGAGAGAGCCGUGCAGCUGGAGAAGGAGGUGGAAACCUUGCUGGAGGUGCACGAGGAGGAGAAAGCGGGGCUGGACCAGGAGAUCGUGGAGGACUACUCGAAGAGGCUCUCGGAGAUCUGGAAAGGGGCGGUGGAGACCUAUAAGACAGAGGUGUCGCAGCUGGAAGGUUCCCUCUGCCAGGCCAAGGAGAACCUCUGGAAGGCAGUGGAGGACAACCAGCAGAGCCAGCUGCAGCUGCAGCACCUGGAGAAGGACCUGGCGGGGCUCAAAGCACGGAAGGAGAUGCUGGAGGAGAGCCUGGCCCGGCAGUGGCAGGAGCAGCGUGGGGAGGCAGAGAAGUUCCAG